AUGAAUGAUGAUAAUUAUUAUGAAAACAAAACUCGAAACACUUGUUUCUGAGAAACGAUAGUUGCGUGAUAUAAAUUUUUUGAAUUUUCCGUAGAUUAAUAUAUUAAAUUAUUCACGAUGGCUUGGAUCAGUAAUUCAGAUAUUGGAAAUGCUAUGGAUGAAUGGGACGAUCCGGAAACGUCAAUGAAUAGAGAGGUAUUGCAUAUGUUCGAUGAAAUGCGCAGAAGGAUGGCAUCCCUCGAAAAUCAAGUGAAAAGCCUGGAAAAUGAGAUAACCAAUAUGAAGUGCGAAAAGAAUCAAGCGUCUACUGAAAAUAACGAAGAGAACACGAAAAAGGAAAAUAAUAUAGAUGAUUGUCAGGCUGAAAAGAAGAAACAAGAUGAUGAUGACGAUAUAACAACAUUACUUGAUAUCCUGACGAAUAAACGUCACUUUGUUGAAUGUGUGGUCAAAGUGAUUCUUAUGUACGGUGCUGCCCAAAUUUUCAUUCUUACUGGUUUCUUUUUCUUCGAUAGAACCGAAUUUGAUGAUUAUAUCAUGAAGAUCCAACAAAUUCUGCAUUAUGUGUUAUCUUUUGUUAAGAACUGCUAGGUUUAUAUCAUAAAUGAUUUCUUAAUAUUUUCGCGAAUUGUGGCUAAUGAAGUUACUUAAAUGUGUAAUUUUUAAUUCUGUUUUAAAAUUAAGUUUCAAUUCCUUAGUUUUACUGAGCAGGUGUGUGUUUAAUUCGUCGGUAUUAAAUUAUUUGUAUCUAGGUAUCAAUAUUGUUUAUUUGUUCUAUUUUUUCAUAAUACUUUGGUAAUAUUUUCAAUUUGAAUUCUAUUUUUAGUAUAAAAAUUGUGUUCUAAACUUUCCUAAACUUGGUUUCAAUAUAAAAAUGGUCUAUUAAAAGUAUACUAUCUUUUGA